AUGGGUUCUACCGGACAAUUUCCCCGCAUCAAAGAGAUCCGCACCUUCAUCAUUGAUGGUGUGGGAUCCGGAGGUGAUUAUCAUAAUGUCAAAGGAGGUCACUGGUUGAUUGACAGUAACAUCUCCACCCCCAUGACUCGCUGGGCACAAUACCGUGGCUCUCGCACAUCAUGGGGUAUUAACGUCCUGGGCUCUUUCUGCGUCGAGAUUGAAGCUACCGACGGGACUAAGGGAUUUGCCACGGGAUUCGGUGGUCCCCCAGCUUGUUGGCUGGUCCAUCAACACUUUGAGCGCUUCCUGCUUGGUGCUGACCCCAGAGAUACCAAUGACCUGUUCGAGAAGAUGUACCGGGGAUCGAUGUUCUAUGGCAGAAAAGGUCUCCCUGUUGCCGUCAUCUCAGUGAUUGAUUUGGCUAUCUGGGACCUUCUGGGCAAGAUUCGCAACGAACCCGUUUACAAGCUCAUUGGCGGCGCUACCCGUUCGCGUCUGGACUUCUACUGCACUGGACCCCAGCCCGCUUCGGCCAAGGCCAUGGGUUUCUCCGGAGCCAAGGUCGCUCUUCCCCAUGGCCCUGACGAGGGUACGGAAGGACUCUUGAAGAACGUCGACUACCUCCGCAAGCAGCGGGAAUCAGUCGGUCCCAACUUCCCUCUGCGGGUCGACUGCUACAUGUCCCUGAACGUUCCAUACACAAUUGAGCUGGUCAAGCGUUGUGAGGCGGAAGGAAUCAACAUUGACUGGUGGGAAGAAUGCUUGACCCCGGAUGACUUCGACGGUCAUGCGCUUUUGAAGAGAGCCCACCCCACUGUCAAGUUCACCACCGGAGAGCACGAGUACUCACGGUACGGUUUCCGAAAGCUCGUGGAGGGCCGUAACUUGGACAUUCUGCAGCCGGAUGUCAUGUGGGUCGGUGGUAUGACGGAGUUGCUCAAGGUCUCCGCCCUUGCCAGUGCCUACGACCUCCCCGUUGUUCCUCACGCAUCUGGACCUUACUCCUACCACUUUGUGGUUUCGCAACCCAAUACACCCUUCCAGGAAUACCUCGCCAACUCUGCAGAUGGACACACUGUUGAGCCCGUCUUCGGAAACCUCUUCCUCAACGAGCCGAUCCCUACUAAGGGAUACCUGGAUGUAUCGAUCCUGGACAAGCCGGGCUUCGGCCUCGAGCUAAACCCUGCUGCGUCUCUUAUCCCAGCAGCUUCAAUUCUCACUCCUGCACCCCAAAAGGCACUGGUUGCUCCAACUGAGAACCAGCAGGAGUCUACUUGA